CUGUGCUUAUUGUUAUAUGCUUCAUUCCUCCUACUGUGUAUGCAUUUGCAAUUUUGUGUCAGUUUCACAUUGGAAUUGGGAGGUGGCGCAAUACCUCCUUGCGUUUAAUUAAUAUAUAUUUUAAAAUAAACACGCACAGAUAAAUACAGUCUUUCAGAGAAUCUGUGGGAUUUUAGCUUCAAAGAAACCAGAGCUAAACCUUCAUCAUCAAAGAACCUACAGUGGAAGACCAAAUCUAACCUGAUCUGAAAGAGAAACGAAGCAUCUAAACAGAGAAGAUGCUGUUACACUUUUUCCUGGGGUUCUUCGCUUUGCCUCUCCUGCAAGUUGAAGGCAGUCGUCCAGAAAUGAUCACCGUUAAAAAUAACAACAAUGGAAAUUCCUUGGACAAUGACAAAUGGUUGAGCACCGUCUCCCAAUAUGACAAGGACCGAUACUGGAACAAAUUUCGUGAUGAAGUGGAGGAUGACUAUUUCAAAAACUGGAGCCCAAGCAAGCCAUUUGACCAAGCGCUUGACUUCAAAGCCGGGAGGGAAGGAGAAACAGGUCGCACAACCAGGGCUGGCUCAGCAAAAUGGAGACCCAAGGAAGGGAGAGCUCUAGAUGCCACAAAAGACCCCUGCUUGAAAGUAAAGUGCCCUCCUCAUAAGGUGUGCAUGACACAUGACUACCAAACAGCCAUCUGCACCAACCACAAUCAGUUCGUGCACAGCCUGCAACUUAAGAGAGGAAACCUAGCUCAUAAACACUGGAUGGGAGCUGGAAACCUAGCCAAGUGCAAGCCCUGCCCAUCGACUCUCCCCAGCCCUGUGUGUGGCUCCGACGGGCACACAUACUCCUCCAAGUGUAAACUGGAGUUCCAGACUUGUUCGUCUGGGAGGACAAUGUCUUUGAAGUGUGAAGGACCCUGCCCCUGUCUGCCUGGCCAGGAGGUAGUCAGACCCAAGAAUGAGAAGAACGCUUGCAAUGACCGGGAGCUGAGGAACUUGGCCUCCAGGCUGAAGGACUGGUUUGGGGCUCUCCAUCAAGAUGCCAAUAGAGAUGUGAAACCCACAGCAAGCUCAGAUUCAGCAACAGGUCGGUUUGACACCAGCAUCCUCCCCAUUUGCAAGGACUCACUGGGUUGGAUGUUCAACAAGCUGGACAUGAACUACGACCUUCUGCUUGACCAGAGCGAGUUGAGUGGCAUUUACCUGGACAAGUACGAGCAAUGCAUGAAGCCUCUAUUCAACUCCUGUGACUCCUACAAGGAUGGGAAGCUGUCCAACAAUGAGUGGUGCUAUUGCUUCCAGAAGCCAGAUGGACUCCCAUGUCAGAAUGAAAUUAGCAGGAUUCAGAACCAGAGCAGACGGACGACUCUUGUAGGUGUUUUCAUCCCAAGAUGCAACGAGGAAGGGUAUUACAAGUCCACCCAGUGCCAUGGUAGCACUGGGCAGUGCUGGUGUGUGGAUAAAUAUGGCAAUGAGAUUGCAGGAUCCAGGAAACAUGGAAAUCCCACUUGUGAGGAGGACCAGGAGACCUCUGGUGAUUUUGGGAGCGGCGGUGCAGUGGUUCUACUGGACGACCAGGAAGAAGAUCAGGAGCAGGCUGAGCAGCAGAAGGAGCAUAAGGUCAGAGUUCACCCGAGAGGCACUAUCGAAGAUGACGAGGAUGAGGAGGAUGACAAGGACGAUGAGGUCGGAUACGUGUGGUAGUUUUCCGAUGGCUUGAAAGGGACUCUCAUUGAUUGCGCAGAUUAUAAGCCAUUCCACCUCUUCUCCUUUCUCAUACAAUGAACAAAAACUGAAACACCAAGUAGAUUUUAAAAACAUCCCCUAUCCCUAUUCAUUCAACGGCUCAUAACUCUAGCAGUGUCUGGUGUAUUCUUUACAUUGGUUCUUAGGUUUCCACCGCAACCCCUAAAUCCAUUGGUCUCAGAAGCAGGAUUUUAUUUCUCACUUCACAAAACACACAUUGUCAGCCAUAGGGCACUGAAGGAGUUCACAGUGUUCAGAGCUGAUAGGUUUUGAAAGCAGACAUGAUGAAGUUUACCGGCCAGAUAUAUCUGGAGAUAAAUUCUGAUAUUACUGUAACGUGACCUCUAAGGUGUGAGUAGUCUUUAAAGAAGUGAGGCAUGACAAUUGACAUUAUCUUGUACAGAAAGAAGAGGCCUGUUGGGUUCAUAAUGACGCCAUGCCCAGGUUAGCAACUUGAGACCACCAGAUACUGUUUUUAAUGCGUUUAAUUUGGGGUUAACUGUGCCCUUCAUUUAGUUGAAAUACUAUGAAGUUUCCUAUAGAGGAAUCAACUCACAGAGAUCACAUCUACAUACUAAUUGAAGGUAGUCUACAUAAACAGUUUAGAUUUAAAGAUUGCUGUAAAUGUUGCACAAACCUAGUGAUAUAACUCAAUGAACAGGCAUACAGGAGGUACUGCAGACCUAGCACACAGCUUUGACAUGCCAUGUGUGUUUAAAUACUAUUACUGUACCUACUUGCUAGCAGUGAACACAGACAAAAGUUUAAUGUGGUGUUGGUUGUCUUUUUUUUUUGCCUAACUUUGAAAAUUAGAUAGAAAAGAGGGUAAUUAAUUAAUCAGUACACUCAGUUCCUCUGGGAAACAAAUCUUAUAUACCAAAACAAAAUACACAGCCAGUGAAUGAAAGGGGCUUGUUGUCAACUAGAACAAAUAUAUAGGCUAGUCCAUGAUUUUUUUUUUUUUAAAGCAAUGUUGAAUAAUAUCAAUCGAAACAGGGGAAACAUAACUGAUAAGACAUUGGAUUGGUGUAAUAUUCAAUUUAAGACAAUUGAAAUAAAACUGGAUUGCCCUGCCUUACCAAACUUUCCUGAUAUUAAGGUAGGCUAGUCCAAAUAUACAUCCCUGACAAAAUAUCUCCUCUAGUAAAUUCUUGAAAGGGGCAUGCAUUGGGUGUAAUAUACCAUGUACGUUCUUAGAUAUAUAGUUUGCGCAUGUGAUUUGAUUUAACAUUAGGAACAUCACUGCUAACAAGAGAAUCUAAUGCUCAAGAACAUACAAGCAAGAUAUUAUAAUUCAUAUAUCGCAGAAUAAUAAAAAAAAAAAAAAAAACCCUUUCAACUGUACAUCACUAUUUAACAUGGAUAGAUAUUACCUUCCUUUUAAUGUACUUCAUAGAAAUCCAGAAAUGAAUGUAUGUAUCAGAGUGUGCCCCAACCUGUAACCCUGUAUGGCGGUAAGCUGUGACCCUCCAGUUGUAAAGAAAGAAGACAGUGGAGAGGACAAGGUGGAAAUGGUUAGACCAGGUUAGGUGUCUUCCCAAUGCGUUAUUGUCAAUUACUGAUGCAUCAAUUGCUGUCUUGCAUUAUUUAAAUCACCACUUCACUAAACCACAGUUCAGGUCAAUACAAUGCUAAUCUAAAGCAGUUUGCUCAAGUCCAUUUAAUCACACACUGUAUACUAUUAUAUUUUCAUGUUUUAUAGGUGUUUGAAUUCUAUGGUCAAGAUCUUGUUUAGAACUGUUGUUCAAAAUAGAGGGUUUAACAACUUCAAGCAACAUGCAUUCUUACCCCCUAUACUUUUGGGUCAGAAUAGUUGGGGAAUCUCUUAGUUUUAACAGUUUUGUACAAAUUGUGUUUGUCCUCUAUUGUGGUACAUUGCCUUGUAUAUUGGGGCACUAAUAAUGCCCAAAUAGUGAUGUGUCUUAUGUAUUUAAAGGCAAAAAAAAACAGGAAAUGUGGCAUUCACCAAAUCAUAAUCAUUUUGUCCUUCACGGGGAAUGUUAAGUGUGCAGAUCUUUACAAGAUUGUCAAAUGAAAUACAAGCAAAACACAUUUGAAAUAUUUGAAAUAGCAAGACUUGGUAAGUUUUCUUUUUAUUUAGACAAUUAAAUGUAUGUUGUUUAAAAACAUGCCAAUACACACACAAUAUGCAAACAAUGAUUAUUUAGAGCAGCUACAUAAUUUUAUAAAAUGAGGUUAUUCUGUUAAAAAGUAAGGACACUGCACUUGCCUGCCCUAUAGAUAAAAAGAAAGCAUUAUUUUCCAGUGCCACCUAUUCAAAACCAUUGCACAGCUGUAAAUAUGUCAAAAAAACUACAACGGCAAUCCUGCUAUGAGCCAUUAUAAAGUCAUAUUGGUUUACUAUUCCACAACAGGUUCCAUUGGCAAAGUAAUAUAUAUAUAUAUAUAUAUAUAUAUAUAUAUAUAUAUAUAUAUAUAUAUAUAUAUACACACACACACACACACACACUAUAGUGCUGUCAAAAUAAUCACAUUUCCUCUAGUUUAAAAGUUUUGAUCACUUUUUGAACUCCCGUGUACAGUCUGGGGUCCCACAUUUGCAGUGUGUUAGUUGAAAUCACAGUGACAGUGACUAGACAGGGAUUUUAAACAAACAAUUGUGCUGAAGGAAAGCAGUUCUGCCUCUGCACUAGUUUCCCCUGUUCUCUUGUCAAACAUCUGCAAAGGUUAUGCUUAACCAUCUGUAUAUGUCCCCAGAAGACUCUUCCUGGUCUUAAUCUUUCCCUAGCACUGCAGAAAGAAAAUCAGAUUUCUUUCACUUAAAUUCAAUUAUGAUGGAUUUUGCCCAGCUUCAGCUUCUAUUGCAUUGCUUUGUUUUUAUUUUCUGUUUUGGCUUUUCAUUUUAUUGUAGUGUAGCAAUUUCAUUCUUACACAUGUAAACUUCACCCAAACGGGGAUUGAACUGUGCUGCGGUUCAUAUGGAUGAAAAUGAAAUGGAAUACAUUUCCUUCUGCAACUGCAUGAUCACUCUUCUAAUCUACUGAUGUCUCACAGUGUAGCCCAUUUACUUCUAGCAAAUCAAAUUAGUUGCAUUUAUAAAUGCAUUUAUAUAAUACAUCAGAACUCAGUUCCCUGAUAACCUGUUAGAGACCUCAUAACCAAAACCUGAAAUAUAUACACCACAAGGCGAACAAAGUGUACACUGUACUUUAAAGGAAUAAAGGGAAUUAAAUUGUCCUUGGCAAAAGAUACAAAACCUGCUACAAGAUAUAUGCACACAUUGACAUUGACAGACACCCUAGGAGUUACAGUUCAGUUUGGUGUAAUAGGCCAUGGCAGAUAAAACAGCUUGUGUUUAAUCUCUUUGUUAACUGUCUUAUGUAUGUUAAAAAAAAAAAAAAAAAAAAAAAAAAAAAAACAGUUUAUACAGCACCAGGUAAACCAUAGUGACAAUUCUGACAUAUUUCUCCUCCAGCUUCAUUUGGGAUCUAAUUUGGCUUUAAAACUUAUUGACAGACAUGGCUUGAAAAGGGCCCCUCUCUCUGUCACUGCAGCUCUUGAUUGCAAAAGGUUUACACAUGUUAUAUAGAAGCAUAGCAUGUAAGUUUGUCAGUUCUAUGUUGUCUUUCUUUUUAAAAUGUAAUACUAUAUUACACAUUAAUAAACUAUGUAAUGCACAAUGACACAAAUGGGCAUAUUUGCAAAGUUUUUAUUUUAUUCAUUUUAUAUUUUUUACUUGGUAAAGAAAAAAAAAAACUGAAUAUGCCAUAUCUGGCUCUGUAGCUGUAUUAAUUUGCAUCAGAUGUGUUUAAGUUAGUAGUCUUCAGAGUAGCUAGAUCUAUUUAGAACUAGAAUAUUGUGAGUUUUUUUAUGUUUUGUUUGUUUGUUUUUCUGCUGGAGUUAAAAUGGAAUGUUGAUGUUUUUGGCUGACCUGAUUUCAAUGUAUCUGUUCCAUUUUGUCUGUCUCAAUAAAUUUAAGUCUGUCCACUAAA